AUGUCUAAUCCUUUAUCAUCGACAAAGAUCCGAGAUUUUGGCUCUUUGGUUUCCGAGAAAGAACAAAAAAAAAUGGUGAUAAAAAACGCGACCGAAUUCGAUUCUUAUAUCGAGCGCAAAGCUUUCGACGAGACAAAAGAAGGAGUAAAAGGCCUCGUCGACGCUAAAGUCACUGAAAUUCCUCGAAUCUUCCACGUCCCUAAAGAUACCUUAACCGACAAGAAACCCUCUGUCUCUGUUUCGGACCUAGAGAUCCCUACCAUCGACUUUGCAAGCGCCCACGUGGACACAGCGUCACGCGAAGCCGUCGUCGAGAAAGUCAGAUACGCGGCGGAGAAGUGGGGAUUCUUCCAGGUGAUCAAUCAUGGUGUUCCUUUGAACGUUCUUGAGGAGGUUAAAGAUGGAGUUCGCAGGUUUCACGAGGAAGAUCCUGAGGUCAAGAAACGAUACUUCUCUCGUGAUUCCGCCAAUAACAGAAUUGUCUUCAACAGUAACUUCGAUCUGUACAGUUCUACGCCGUCUGUUAACUGGAGAGAUACUGUCACUUGUUACAUAGCUCCAGAUCCUCCUUCUCCUGAGGAAUUCCCAGUCACAAACCAAAGCCCUAAUCACCGAUCAGAGCUGCAAAUCGCAAUAGCCAUGGAUGCUUUAAUCGAAUACUCAAAGCAUGUGAUGAGUUUAGGUGGUUUGCUCUUUGAGCUACUCUCAGAAGCACUAGGUUUGGAACCUGAGAUCCUUAAUAGCAUGGAUUGCUCGAAGUCUUUGCUUAUGCUCUGCCAUUAUUACCCACCUUGUCCACAACCAGAUCUAACUUUGGGGGUUAGUAAACACUCAGACAACUCUUUCCUCACUGUUCUUCUUCAAGACAACAUCGGUGGUCUUCAAGUUCUUCAUCAAGACUCUUGGAUCGAUGUUCCUCCUCUUCCAGGAGCUCUCGUCAUCAACAUUGGAGAUUUCUUACAGCUGAUAACGAACGAUAAGUUUGUUAGUCUGGAGCAUAGGGUGCUUGCAAAUAGACAAGGACCAAGGAUUUCAGUAGCAAGCUUUUUUAGCUCAAGUAAACAUCACAAUUCCAAAGUUUAUGGACCGAUGAAGGAGCUUUUGUCUGAAGAAAACCCUCCAAAGUACAGAGACAUGACCAUAAAAGAAUACACAGAAGGAUACUUUGAGAAAGUCCAUAAUAAAACAAAAGCGGAGAAGAAAAUUCAGCUACGACAAGUCGUUAAAGCGAACGCUUUCGACGAGACAAAAGAAGGAGUAAAAGGCCUCGUCGACGCUAAAGUCACCCAAGUCCCUCGAAUCUUCCACAUCCCACAAGAUUCCUCAACAGACAAGAAACCAUCUGUCUCCGUUUCCGACCUAGAGAUCCCUACCAUCGACUUUGCAAGCGUCCACGUGGACACAUCGUCACGUGAAGCCAUCGUGGAGAAAGUCAGAUACGCAGCGGAGAAUUGGGGAUUCUUCCAGGUGAUCAAUCAUGGUAUUCCUUUAAACGUUCUUAAAGAGAUUGAAGAUGGAGGUCGUAGGUUUCACGAGGAAGAGCCUGAGGUCAAGAAACGAUACUUCUCGCGUGAUUUCAGCAAGAACAAAUUUGUCUUCAACAGUAAUUUCGAUUUGUACAGUGCUUCUCCCUCGGUUAAUUGGAGAGAUGCUUUCUCUUGUUACAUGGCUCCGGAUCCUCCAUCUCCUGAGGAUCUCCCUAUGGCUUGCAGGGAUGCUAUGAUCGAAUACUCAAAGCAUGUGAUGACUUUAGGUGGUUUGCUCUUUGAGCUUCUCUCAGAAGCACUAGGUUUAAAACCUGAGAUCCUUAAGAACAUGGAUUGCUUGAAGACUAUGCUAAUGAUCUGCAAUUAUUACCCACCUUGUCCCCAACCUGACCUAACUUUAGGGAUAAGUAAACACUCAGACAAUUCCUUUCUCACGCUUCUUCUUCAAGACGACAUCGGUGGUCUUCAAAUUCUUCAUCAAGACUCUUGGGUCGAUGUCUCUCCUCUUCCUGGAGCUCUCGUCAUCAACAUUGGAGAUUUCUUGCAGCUGAUAACGAACGAUAAGUUUGUAAGCGUGGAGCAUAGAGCGCUCGCGAAUAAAGAAGGGACAAGGAUUUCAAUAGCGAGCUUUUUCAGCUCAAGUGCACUUCCCAAUUCCACGGUUUAUGGACCGAUAACGGAGCUCUUGUCUGAUGAAAACCCUCCAAAAUACAGAGACAUGACCCUAACAGAGUAUACAGAUGGCUAUUUUGCGAAAGGACUCGAUGGAACAUCACAUCUGUCGAAUUUUAGGAUAUGA